UCAAGAUUUCCGCCUCGUAAGAGAAAUUGACCCGCAAGCACCACAGCUAUAAAUACGGCGCGCAUCCCGCCUAGCUGCCAUUCCACCGACCUUCGCUCAGCCCCUCUACGUGUGUAGUUAGGGUUUUCUGCGCAGGUUUGGGAAGAAGAGAAAGAGGGGAGAGAACUGCUAACUCUGGUAAUGGCUUUUUCCGCUCUCCUCAGAUCCGCCACUCCUCCUCCCCAUGCUUACGGCGAUUACUUCCAUUCGGAUUCAAGAGCUCGAGCUCCAGAGCCGUUCAAGUUUUAUUGUCGGACUAGUAGAUCUAGCGCCUGUUCUGCUCGGAUCCGUUCGAGUACUUUAUGUUCUACGCUUUCGUCGGGUGUGGCCUCAACACAGACAUCUACGAAAAAAAGCUUUCACCCUACCAAAGCUACAGCAACCGAAGCACCUCCGGUUGUUCCAAGAUCACCAACCGAUGGGAGGACAAAGGUUGGCAUCAAUGGUUUUGGUCGUAUUGGAAGGUUGGUCUUACGCAUUGCUGCUUCUAGGGAUGAUACUGAGGUGGUGACCGUCAAUGAUCCUUUUAUUGAUGCUAGAUAUAUGGCAUAUAUGUUCAAGUAUGAUUCAACUCAUGGCGUAUUCAAAGGGACCCUUAAGGUUGUGGACGAGUCCACCCUGGAAAUCAACGGAAAAAGAAUUGCAGUUACCAGUAAAAGAGAUCCAGCAGAGAUUCCUUGGGGUGAUUUUGGUGCUGAAUAUGUGGUUGAAUCUUCAGGUGUUUUCACUACCAUGGGCAAAGCAUCAGCUCACUUGAAGGGCGGUGCUAAGAAGGUGGUAAUAUCAGCUCCAUCAGCUGAUGCACCUAUGUUUGUUGUGGGAGUGAAUGAGGAAAUGUAUCAACCAAGCAUGAACAUUGUCUCUAAUGCAAGCUGCACAACUAAUUGCCUAGCGCCUUUAGCAAAGGUCGUUCAUGAAGAGUUUGGUAUUGUUGAGGGCCUUAUGACAACAGUACAUGCAACUACAGCAACGCAGAAGACUGUUGAUGGUCCUUCUAUGAAGGAUUGGAGGGGAGGCCGUGGAGCGAGUCAGAACAUCAUACCCAGUUCAACAGGUGCCGCAAAGGCUGUUGGAAAAGUUCUUCCUGAACUCAAUGGGAAGCUAACUGGCAUGGCCUUCCGUGUUCCAACACCAAAUGUUUCUGUUGUUGACUUAACUUGCCGACUUGAGAAAGAUGCAUCCUAUGAGGACGUCAAGGCAGCUAUAAGGUUUGCAUCAGAGGGUCCCUUGAAAGGCAUCCUUGGAUACACUGAUGAAGAUGUUGUUUCUAAUGAUUUCAUUGGCGACUCCAGGUCAAGCAUCUUUGAUGCUAAGGCUGGAAUAGGAUUGAGCUCUCAAUUCAUGAAACUUGUUUCAUGGUAUGACAACGAGUGGGGUUACAGCAACCGCGUGUUGGAUCUGAUAGAGCACAUGGCCCUCGUCUGCGCUCGUAAUUAAUGCAUGAUUCCUGAAUAGAGACAAAAGCAUAAGAUGUUUGCUGCUUGUUUCUCCAAUAAUUUUCCAGGAACCGACUUCUUUAAAUUGUUUUAGUUUUGAUACCAAGGUCUGCUUUCCGGGUCCCUAACACUGGAGAGAAGAGCAAGCUGGAUUUCUAAUUUCUAUACCAUGAUCUGUAUCAACAAGAAAAUAAGGAAGUUAAUUUAUUCUUUCAGGAUUUUAUUGAAAUUUGAUCUUGUUUUAA